CACAAAUUGAAGCACACAUGGGGAAAAUUAGUUUAGCUAAGACAACACAUCUCAUGAUGACCCUGGUGUUAGUACUAGGAUUAUUAUUGAGCACCUCUGUUGUUACUAUUGCAGGAAGCAAACAUGUGAGCAUCAAGAACAAACUAGGAUCUGAGAGGAACAUGACCUUACAUUGCCAAUCCAAAGACAAUGAUUUGGGCAAGCAGAACAUUGAAGAUGGGAGUGAAUUUGGGUGGGACUUCUCUGAUAAUAUUAUUGGAACUACCUUGUUUUUCUGUGAUUUGGCAUGGGACAGAGUUCAGCAGUAUUAUAUUGAUGCUUAUUCCUUUGGAAGGGACUUCGUGCGAUGUAAGACUGGAUGUUCAUGGCUUGUAGCAGCUGAAGGAAUUUAUGGCUUAAAUGGACAAACAGGGUUCUGGGAAUUCAUGUACAAUUGGCCAAACUGAGCCAUUUAAUUUUCCAGAAAUUGAUUCAAUGUUGCAUAUCAAUAAGAGCUAGACUAUUGUACUCUAUUCUAUGAAUAUCAAUAACUUAGGGCAUCCUCCAGUAGUAUAGUUUGUGUAAUAGUGGUAUUGAAAUUGAAAGAAACAAAAAUGGAGAAGAGUAAAAU